UUUUCCUGACUCGUAUACACAUGGAUGAAAUGGAACUAGGAAUAGUGUGGAAGUGGCUCCGAUGCUGGGCUUCGGCAGCAUGCUAAUUUAGUCGAUGUGGUGGAUGGAUUAUGUUCCCUGGUUAGAUUUACUUUCUCUCUGUAUGCACGCAAAUUUAGGUUCAUAAUAGGAUGGCGUGAAGAUAGGUGCAGUGAAGAGCACGCUGUCUGCAUUUCUAAUUUUGGGUGCCACAUGUUCUUCUUUUGGAUGGGUUAAUAAUCAGAAUUUCCAUCCUUUUCUUUUAUAGUAGAACCCGAGAACUAUCGAAUGAUUUGGUUGUUCUAUACUAGAUUUCAAAUAGUAUCUGAGGACUUGGAAGGAUGGAUCACUUGGUUUGUUUUUCUUUGAGGGGGCAGGCAGUUGUACUGCCAAUGCAUUUCAGAGGAGAAGUAAAUAAUGUUUAGUUACAUAGAAAGGGAUUAGAGCACCCAUGAGCCACAAAUAAAUGGAAAAGAAAGCGGCUAGUCGGAACCGGCUGGUGGUGCUAUUGAUGCAAGGAUAGUACUUUGAUGUUAUUUCCACACGGUAGCUGGAGUAGCAGUGAGGAGGAGCAUGGGCUGCUCUCUCAUGGAGGCUCUCAUAGAAGAUAGUAUUGACCUUUUGUGUUAGUAAGUAGUUUGUGACAAAUAUAUAUCUGGAAUUUGACCUCAAUAUAACUAGAAUUGGCCCCACACAUUGUUGUGCUAAAUCUAUGGUUGGUUUUUAAUUUACGAAGGCCAAAUAUUGAAGGGAAAAUAUUGUUUCUGAAGAUACUUUUCUUAAUAUUGAAGGGCAUAGUGGUGUAUUGUUCAGCUCAAAUAUUAAGUAGGGCACUGUCCUCAAUUGCCAGAUACGAAUAGUUAGAAAACUAAUUGUGUCUAAAGUAGAUAGCUCAAUAUUUGCCCCAGUGAAAAACCAGGAGCUUGCAUGUGGUGCCCCACGAGCAGCCACCACUACAUUAUUGCUUGCUUCUCCUCCAGCAUGGCCUUUUUGGUAUGGGUUAGUUUGGCAAAUUUCUCUAAUCACUCUCGCAUGUUUCGAAGGAUUUCCAACAGAUCAGAACUGCCUGAGAAGAAGCAGCAGAAAAAUAAAAGUGAAGUAUCAUCACCUGGUCGUAAGAGAGCCAUGAAAGAUAAAUUGACAGAACGGACUGACAAGAAGCUUACUCACAGAAUUCGUCAAAAAAGAACAAAAGUUUCAGAAGUCAAAACUUUACUGGAAAAACCUGAUCAUGAGAUAGCACACAUGAAGCUAAGUGUGAUGCAUCUCAGAUUGUUACAAGAGGCCAGAGAGCGUAUUAAGAGUAAAACAAUUCUGUCAGGACCAUCAUCCUCUAAUCAAAGCAACUCCCAGUUUGGAGAUACCAACAGUUUUGAUCCUUUUGAAGAGAACUAUGAAGAGAACUAUGACAAUGACAGAAGAGAGAACCACGUGCUAGAAAAUGCAACCAAACUGAAUUACCAUUCCUACAUGAACAAACAAACACGGGCCAAAUGGUCGAAAUCUGACACUGACUUAUUUUACCAGGGUCUUCAACAAUUUGGUAGUGAUUUUGCAAUGAUACAGCAACUAUUCCCAGAUAAGUCCCGUGAUCAGGUGCGGCAGAAGUUUAAAACUGAGGAGAAAAAACAUCCAAUGCAAGUCCACGAUGCUAUACUUCAUCGCUCAAGAGAUACUUUGUAUUUAAAACAAGUAAUCAAACAGCUCAACAUCGAAGAUCUGCAGAGGGGCAUGAGCAGUACACAUAAACAAGAGGUUGCAUCAAUUGAAGGAGACACUGGAAAUGAGGAUUUCAUCGAGGAGGUAGAGAAUGGUUCAAAUUGGUCAGAUAAAGAGCUGGGCACGCGCCAAUCUGAGGUCAGAGAGGGGGAGCAUGUUUCUGGGAAUGCUGAUGAUGACCUGGAUCUGGAUGUUUUUGAUUGCUCCCAAUUUGGAGGUACCGACACUUUUGAUCCUUUUGGAGAGAACUAUGACAAUGACAGAAUAGAGAACCACGUGCUAGAAAACGCAACCAAACUGAAUUACUAUUCCUACAUGAACAAACAAACACGGGCCAAAUGGUCGAAAUCUGACACUGACUUGUUUUACCAGGGUCUUCAACAAUUUGGUAGCAAUUUUGCAAUGAUACAGCAACUAUUCCCUGAUAAGUCCCGUGAUCAGGUGCGGCAAAAGUUUAAAACUGAGGAGAAAAAACAUCCAAUGCAAGUCCACGAUGCUAUACUUCAUCGCUCAAGAGAUACUUUGUAUUUGAAACAAGUAAUCAAACAGCUCAACAUCGAAGAUCUGCAGAGGGGCAUGAACAGUGCACAGAAACAAGAGGUUGGAUCAAUUGAAGGAGACACUGGAAAUGAGGAUUUCAUCGAGGAGGAAGAGAAUGGUUCAAAUUGGUCAGAUAAAGAGCUGGGCACACGCCAAUCUGAGGCUAGAGAAGGGGAGCAUGUUUCUGGGAAUGCUGAUGAUGACCUGGAUCUGGAUGUUUUUGACUGGUACUAGGAUGAUAAUCAUGAUGAAAAUCAGGCAAAAACGAUACGGGUCUCGUUAUUCUGCCAAUGUGCUAAGGACAUGUCCUGUCUCAGAUAUGUUUGCUCACGGGAUCACCGAGUUAUGGAUGCAAAUAAAAUAGUACAGUUGUUAGGCCGAAUACAAUCUUAUUUUGCCUUUGCCUUUACAAUGUACUCCCUUUGUAAAGAAAUAUAAGAGCAUUUAAAUCACUAAGGUAGUGAUCAAAAUGUUCUUAUAUUUCUUUACAAAGGUAGAACUGAACAGAGCGUCAGCGUCAGCGUAGCGUAGCAACACCAUAUUCGCUCUGUAGUAGUCACAGGAACAGGCUGCCAGCCAUAUUUUGCAGUCUGGAGGUACUAAAUUUGGAAUCUGUUGGUAGCAUAUCAGCCAUCACAUAUGCAAGGUUUUGCCGAACACAUAUGUAUGUGAGGAUAUGUAGAUA